UUGUCUAGCGCAUGCUCACUACCGCGGACAUGGCGAUCGCCAGUGGUGGGAAACCUGCGUUUCUCCUGAUCUUGUGAAUUUCAAGGUGAUUUGUUUUACCCUUUCACAGGUUCAAUCGUCGCAAAGAAAUCUUGAUGUGUUAGCAGCAGUGCAGAGGUCCUGUGCCUUGCUGUACUACCUCCAGGCCCAUCAAGUCACCGGAUACCUAGAUCAUAAGGACUGACCCCCUAGCCUGUCACACUGGAGCAACUGACGGGUAGCAUACCUUCACAGCAGUCUGCACUACCUCAGUGCUUUACUCGCUUGAGUUUGAGUGCCUGUCAGAAACCAUUGAGAGCUGAGGAAUCUUGCAGCUGUGUUUCAGAUACAGCAAUAUCCCAAACGUAUAUACUUCCUUGUUGCGACCAAGACAUGCCCCCACGCCGUAAACGGAAACUAUCAGUUGAAGAAGAGACCAAGAUGAAGAAAUCAAGGUCUAGCAACUCUUCCCACCACCGCCAUCAUCAUCAUCACCACCACCACCAGACCUCGUUAACCAGUCAGGACAGCGCCCAUUCUUCCUUUUCCUCCAAACGCUGUCAAGCCUGGUUUCAGGAGUACACAGGACAGGAGGAUAUGAUUGGCCCAGAGGGCAUGGAGAAGUUCUGUGAGGAUAUUGGAGUGGAACCAGAGAACAUUGUCAUGUUGGUGCUUGCUUGGAAGUUGGAGGCAGAACAAAUGGGAUUCUUUUCACUGCAGGAGUGGAUGCGGGGCAUGACCAGACUACAGGUUGAUAAUCCCAGGAAACUGCAAGGCAAGAUGGAUUACCUACGCUCACUACUUAAUGAUGCCCCCACCUUCAAAAAGAUCUACAGAUACGCAUUUGACUUUGCCAGGGAUAAAGACGUGCGAACUUUAGACUUAGAAACUGCCAAAGCAAUGUUAACGCUACUUCUAGGCAGGCAGUGGGUACUAUUCAAUUCAUUUCAGCAGUUCUUAGAUCACUCCAAUUGUAAGGGUAUCAACAAGGACCAGUGGUGCAAUAUACUGGAGUUCAGUCGUGCUAUCAAGCCAGACCUUAGCAACUAUGAUGUAGACGGAGCAUGGCCCGUGUUGCUAGAUGAAUUUGUUUUAUGGAUGAGAGUGAAACAACAAUAAAAGGAGGGUAAACCCUACCCCUAUUGUUCAUGCACCUGCCAACACCCUCAUGUAUCCUGACCAUCCUGAGAUUUACAUAGUAUGCCUUAUAAAUAUUCUUGACUUAUUAGUUGCCUUCAAAUAUGGAUGUUUGAGAAAGAAUGUAAAGCAGCUUGUUUGAUAGGCACAGUACAAGUCCAAAUUACAUUUCAUUGCUAAUCAGUAUUAUGAAUAUGCAUAGCAUCUGAUGAGUAAUUUCUUAUGGCAGGUUGACUUUUUCACUUAAAAUGGACCAUUGCAUGCACAGUGCUUAUACAAGUGACCAGGCCAUCUCAUAACUAACUGUUCAAUGUUAAAUAUGCCAGAGAAUUUGCUCAUUUGGGAGAUAGGUUUUCAAAUAAGUGGCAAAAUGUAAGUUUCAUUUCAUUGACAGUGCAUUUGGUAACGAGAAUCAGUAACUUCAUUCAUAUACCCUCUUAUAAAUUAGGCAAUUGAGUAUGUUAUAAUAGAGGCUUGUUAUACCUUAACAAAGUUUUCCUUCUGAUUAAAAUUUAAGAUGACAGAAACAGUAAUAAUGAAGCAACUCUAGACAAACAAUUUGCCUCUCUCAAACAUAUUUAAGUACGAAACUCUGUGUGCCAUUUGUUUUUUCCAGUAUGUAAUUAUUCAUGUUCAUAUUUUCUAAAGUAGUGGGAAGACCAAUUGUGGGUAUUUUCUUUUCAUUUUGUGUGUGUGUGUGGGGGGGUGCUUUUUAGACAUUGCACCACUUGCAACCACUUGUCACAACUUGCACCAAUCACACAGCACCUUCCCUUUUCAAAAUCGUUGUGCUGAUACAAAAGGUGAGGGAAGAUUGCUUGUAUUCCAUGCAUUGAAACAGGAUUUAGGAUCAUUUUUUAGUGGUUCCGAGAGCAGUCUGGAUUUUAAAAGAGGCUUUGAAGAUGUUUAACAUACUAAAAACAAGACAGAAGCAUUGGUGCUAAUGGCAUUGACUAAGUUUGGCAAUCUCAAGCACUUUUCUGGCAACAUGGUUACAUAGUAUUUCAUUAAGAUUAUGAGCAGUUACCAGACAUGAAUGAAAUGCCAAAGUAUCUGGAGUCAUAAGCCAUUUGUAUUACAAUUUGAAUUGUACCCAUAUCUUUUUGGGUAAAAGUUUGUUUUGUGUUGUUUGGUUUUGUGUUCUGGAACUCUAUGAAAGCGAUCUUUCAACUUUGAAUGCAACAUUAAAAUUAUGUCAACCCUUCAUGAUCCCAAUUUGUUUCCAAAGUAGCUAACUGCUUGUACAUAUGACAAUUUGGGGUAUGCUAAAGUCAAGAAUUUUCUGCUUUCUGGAAAAUCUGCGAAAAUCACGGAUUUCGGGUAGAAAGCGGAAAACACAAUUCUCGGUAAAAAAAAAAUAAAUGAAUAAAACAAAUAUUGUUGAUCUUUUCUGCACAAUUAAUCCCUGUUCCCUACAUAGUGCCCAGACGAUUCACAGCUUAUGAAUAAAUCAGUAGGCAUGGGGACCAGUCCAAAAUCACAGUGGCAUGGUGCUUGUAGGCCCUACAUGUAUCAUUAUGCCAAAGACGGGCUACCUGUAGAUGUAUGGUAAAUGUAGGCCUACUGUACUGUACAUAUGAACUUGUACAGUCACGUACAGUUUUUGUACGCGAAAUUUAGAACGUGGAAGAAAGCAGAAUUUGACUUUCAGAAAGCAGAAAAUUCUUGACUUUAAGGUAUGCAUACAGAGCUAAAUGUAGGAUAUUGUAGACCUUGUAGUAGCCUGUAACUGCUUAUUUUUCUACAUCCAAAAGUUGAAAAUAAUGUGUUAGAAGUUUCAUCAUAUGUGAUAUUGUUCCCAGCCUGUACUGUAAGCAGUUGUUCCCUUUUGUUCCAUACAUUUUGUGCAUAAGAGGUAAGAGUUGCAGAUCUUUUAAUUCAGUACUCUGUUCUCAAAUAAUUAUGUUCAUUUUUCUUUUACUUUACUGUGUUAUAUAUAUAAAUUGUUCAUCAAAUUACUGAACAAGGGAUUGUACUGUAUUUUAAUUGAAAGUUCAUCGUAAGCUUGAACUCAUCCAUGCAACAUGGUGUUUGAGGUCAUACCAUUAAUUGCAAUCUAAAGAAAAUGAAAAGAAAUAAUCAGCUGGAAAUAAAUGUAGAAAUGUAACACUGUAAUCCAAAGGGGGCCCUUCCAUAUCAGCAUAGCACAAGAUGGCUUCUGUAGGCAAAUGGUUGCUGUAGAAUGCCUGUACAUUAUACUUGCGUUGAGAAACCAGGGUCACGGCGCAGGGUCAAAGUGUGGCUUUGAAAAGAUAGAUUGUCUUCACAUAUCAUUGUUAGGCAGUCAUCAGUUCAAGACUACUUAGUAAAGCACAACGAGGGCUCAAAGCCAAUUUCUGUGAAGUGAAACUUAGCUGGGCCGAGUAAAGUUGCAUCAAACCAUUCCCAUAAUAUAUGCUCCUUGGAACUCAUUUUAUCCCCGAGGUUCUUUAAUGCAAACCAACAAGUUAAAAGUAACCCCAGUUGAAUGCAGUGUCAAAAGGUUGUAUAUCGUGGGAUGCAGCCGUUAUUCUAGGACAUGGAAGCACAUAUAUGUAAAGUUCAGUGUGUAAUAUACUUGUACAAAGCUCUUUGUUAAAAAAAAAAAGUAACAUGAAAUUGACGAUGAUUGUGAAGCAAAACAAAAUCAUUCAUUUUCCAGCAUUGAUUAAGAAAGAUGCUUGGGAAGGCAUGUCAUUCUUAAUUGAAGGUGCUUACCUUGAGUAAAUGUUGAGGAAUUUUUUAAGUUCAUCAAUAUAAAAGGUGAACUGUGUUCACUGCCUUCAUUCCUGCUUAUAGUGUCUUUUAUAAACAAGCUGGACAUUGGAAAGAAUCUUAAAGUGAAAGCCCUAAAUCAAAAUAUAAAUUUUGAUGCCCGACUAGAGUUGAAUAUGCUUCAUUAUUAGAAUAAAUGUUCAUGUCACUUUGUCUUA